AAAAACAUUCUAAACGGUGAACCAUAUGUUUAAAUUUAUCGUGAAUGGCUGCAAGUGCUGUAGUUAAGAGGAAGGGAAUAUUUACCGAAAACAAAAGUAAAUUUUUAUACGAAUAAAAUUCGAUAGACAGUGUUUUUAGAAGUCUUAGAAAUGGCACGUAAUGCUGAGAAAGCAAUGACGACAUUAGCGCGUUGGCGCGCAGCUAAGGAGGCCGAAUCUGGAGAAAAAGAUAGACGACCAUAUCUAGCUUCAGAGUGCACGAGUUUACCAAAAUGUGAAAAAUAUCGCCUAGAGAUCAUACGCGAAAUAUCUAAAAAGGUAGCGCAAAUACAAAAUGCCGGUUUGGGUGAAUUUCGAAUACGAGAUUUGAAUGAUGAAAUAAAUAAGUUACUGCGUGAAAAGCGGCAUUGGGAAAACCAAAUUUCUGCUUUAGGUGGACCUCAUUACCGGCGAUAUGGCCCAAAGAUGUUUGACGCAGAAGGACGUGAAGUUCCAGGAAAUCGCGGCUAUAAAUAUUUUGGUGCUGCAAAAGAUCUACCCGGAGUACGUGAACUAUUUGAACAAGAACCACCAGCACCACAACGAAAAACACGUGCUGAGCUGAUGAAAGAUAUAGAUGCAGAAUAUUAUGGUUAUAGAGAUGAUGACGACGGGACGUUAAUUCCGAUGGAGGAGCGCAUUGAACGUUUAGCCAUACAAAAUGCUCUACAAGAAUGGAAAGAAAAAAUGACCCGUGAUGGUCAUGUUGACGAAGAAGAAGAAGAGGAAAUAUAUGGUUCAUUAAAAACAUUCUCUGAUGAUAACGAUGAUGACGCUGAAACACGUAAAAUAGUAUCAAAUACAGAAGUUGGAAAUGAUCCUUUGGAAAUGUUAGCCCCGCGCUUCACCGCACAUGUACCCGUACCAACGCAAAAAGAUAUUGAGGAAGCACUUUUGAAGAAACGCAAACAAGAAUUGCUUGAAAAAUAUGUAGGCAGUGAAUAAAGUAGUUAUGGGUCAAAACUUAA